AUGGAGGGACUAUUCACUCUGCUCGCAUUGAGCAUUGUGAUGGCAAUUACAUCCUUUGUCGUCGGCUCAUUACCGCUCGCUUUUAAACUCUCCCCCUCUCAGCUACGAUUGAUUUCUUCAAUUGGAAUGGGAGUUCUGGUUGGAACUUCCUUGAUUGUUAUUAUUCCAGAGGGUGUGGAAACCCUAUAUAGCGCAAACACAAUUAGCAGUCCGAAGAACCUCAACACUCGUUCCACAGCUGCGGUAAAUUGGCAACACCACGAUAUUCCGUCCGUUCCUGCAGCUGAAAUUGCGACCCUAACCGGCAAACCCGACAUUAUGCUAGAAUCUCCCUCAAACUUCCAGCCUGAUGACGAAACUACUGUGCGCGUGCUCCACGACGGACAGCCUGCAUUGCACCAACGAAAGGAAGAUCCGUCAAAUGACAAUGACAGCAAAGAUGAAGACCAUGAACAUGAAGAAGGGAGCUCACCACACGCCUGGAUAGGAAUUGCUCUGAUCAGUGGCUUUAUUUUAAUGUAUCUGAUCGAUAAACUGCCCGAGUUCGCACCUUCAUCCAAACAACAAAGACAACCCUACCACAUCUCUUUGGAUAAUUUGGGCUCCGGCCUCCGACGGAAUUCUUCAUCUUCGCGGGAAGGUGGGCUGUUGGAUGCCGGCAGUGUCCCCAAAAGCAGUCAUAGCUUUGCAACAACCACUGGGCUUGUUAUUCAUGCGGCUGCUGAUGGGAUUGCUCUGGGAGCGUCCACUUCCGACACUAGCUUGAGUUUUAUUAUCUUCUUAGCCAUAAUGGUCCAUAAAGCACCUGCAUCAUUUGGACUUACGUCAAUAUUACUCAAGCAAGGCCUUUCUAUCCGUGCUGCGAGGGCGCACCUACUGGUAUUCAGUCUAGCAGCUCCCGUGGGAGCCUUAUUGACAUUCCUUUUUGUCCAAGUUGUGGGGUCGAGGUACAGCGGCGAUGAAAUAAAUACUCGCUGGCAGACAGGAAUGCUUCUACUGUUCUCAGCUGGCACGUUUUUGUAUGUCGCAAUGCACACAAUGCAGGAGAAUAAUACCAGCUCGACCUCACGUGAAGUUCAAGCGAAUGGCUAUGGUAAUACUCGGGACGUACCUUCACCUCCCGAGAAAUCCAUGAGGGAUUUGGUUGCUUCUGUUAUCGGCAUGAUUCUGCCGCUAUUCCUGCAGAUAGGCCAUGCUCAUUGA